AUGGCUGGUACAAGAUCUGCUCUCACUGCUACAACGAUGCAAGCCCGUGUGUCGGUGGCGACGGAGCUCUCUCUCGGUGGAGACGAAGCUCUCUCUCUUUCUCGUCGAUUCGAUGUAUCAGUGGCGACGGAGCUCUCCUCGGCGGCAACGGAGCUAUCUUCGGUGGAGACGAAGCUCUCUGUCGGCGAAGUCCUCACCAGCUUUUGGAUAAGCACCUGCAAAGAUGUUGUUGUUGGGAAUGAGCAGAAGUCUGUGGCCUUCUGGAAGAGAAUAGCAGACUACUUUGCUGCUAGUCCGAAGCUUGCAGGCUGUGAAAAAAGAGAGACAAUGCACUGCAAGCAAUGGUGGCAAAAGAUCAAUGAUCUUGUCUGCAAGUUCUGUGGAGCAUAUGAAGCUGCAGCAAGAGAGAAAACUUCAGGCCAAAAUGAGAAUGAUAUUCUCAAACAAGCUCACGUUAUCUUCUUCAACAACUAUAAAAAAAAAAUCACCCUGGAGCAUGCGUGGAAGGAGCUUCGCCAUGACCAGAAGUGGUGUGAUCUAUCUACCGAGAGAACCUCUAAAAAGAGAAAAUGUAAGGACGGUGCACAUUCCUCAACAUCUCAAGCAACUGACAACAACACUGGUGAAGCGGAUGAGGGAACGGAUCAGCCCCCUGGUGUUAAGGCAGCUAAGCGCCGUGGUAAGAAGCCAAUGGAAGAGGGGAAGGGGCUGUGUGAAUUUGAGCGGAUGUGGUCUAUUAAGCAAUAG